AUGUGGCUAAAUUUUCUUGAAGGACUUGAGAACAGCGCCCACUGGGAGAGAAAGUACGGGAGUGUGUAUCGGAUAUGGAGCGGUUCAAACUCCGAAAUUGUGCUUACGGACCCUGAACACGUUCGCGCGGCGUUCAUCGACUCGCACAAGCACGUUAAAGCUGUCAAAAAUGACUCGGGAUGGCUCCUGGGUGAACUCCUUGGGAAAUGCGUAGGUUUGGUGAGCGGGGCCCGGUGGCGUGAUCUCUGUGAAGUGAUGGCACUGUACUGUUCGCACAAGAGCGCCGCAUCCUACAUACUGAGGAUGCGAGAAAUCACGGUUCAGUACUUCCAGGAGCUGCAAGAGAAAGGCCAUCUAGUCGAUCGAAGGAUCAACCCGGUCCAAGACUUGCGCCUGCUGCCAUUCUGGAUCGUGGCUGAUGUCCUCUUUGGGGAUAUAAGUCCGAGUCAGAAGAGGAAACUAGUUGAUAUAAUACCGCUUCGAGAGAAAAUUUGGGGUCGCAUGAUUCUACCAGCCAACAAGGGUGAAUAG